AAACAAACCAUCUCAUGCCCGAUCAUCAAGCUCAAUACCACGUCCUAUUGUUUCAGCCAAUCGUCAAAAUGCAUGGGACAUUCAGCUCCCUGGACUUUCCGGCUCGCUCAAGAGUCAAGAAACUGAUAAAAGGCCCGGCCCUCGUCCUCUCCAUCGACAUGGGUAUUCGAGCAGUAACUCGCCUCCGCGACCUUUCGACAUGGCACAAGACACGAAACCCGAGUUGAUGCCAGACCUGGAGAAACCAGAGAAUAGACAGAGUAGGAAUAGCAAGGGGGAAUUCAACACAAGGUCGAUUCUCACCCUCGUCGGCUCCGCCUUGUCAACCUUCUGCACAGUCGGCUUCCUCAAUGCAUUCGGCGUCUUCAUAGACUACUACCGAGCACAUGAACUGGCUGACAAGUCCGAGUUUGACAUAUCCUGGAUUGGCUCUUUCUCCACGUUUAUAUUCUUCCUCACUGCAGCGCCAGCAGGCCUCUUGGUCGAUCGUAUGGGCCCUACGAUUCUCCUCAUUAUAGGAGGCACAAUAACCAUCCUUUCCAUGUUCAUGAUUUCUUUAUGUCAUGAAUAUUACCAAUUUUUCCUCGCGCAAGGUCUUCUCUUGGGCAUAGGGCAAGCAUUCCUUGUCUGCCCAGUUCUUGCCAUGGUCAGCCGGCACUUUCACAAGAAUCGCGGUUUGGCGACCGGCUUCACCAUCGCAGGGUCGUCUCUCGGUGGCGUUAUCUGGCCCAUAAUGGUGGAUCAACUUCUCAACAAGGACCACCUCAGUUUCGGCUGGACAAUCCGUAUCGUUGCAUUUACAAUGCUUCCACUUGUGGUCAUUACUUGCGCCACCGUGCUUCCGCCACUGUCAGAGAAGCCCGAGGCUGGGGAAACCGUCCAAUCGACCGGGAAAAAAGAGCCGAAGAAAACAGACUUGUCCAUCCUCAAGAAUCGCGUCUUUCUUACCUUUUGUUUGGGGAUUGGCCUCUACUACCUUGGAAUGUUCUCCCCUUUCUUCUUUGUGACCUCAUACGCCGUCAGCAUUGGUACAUCCACCAGUUUCGCAUUCUAUCUGGUCUCCAUCCUCAAUGCCGCCUCCCUUUUUGGAAGAAUCUCCGCCGGUUGGGCCGCUGAUAAAUAUGGACAUUUCAAUAUGUGCUCACUAGCCGCAGUGACAUCUGCAGUGGUUGCAUACUGUUGGACGGCCGCCCGCACAUCCGCGGGUCUGGUGGUGUGGAGCUUGGCUUAUGGAUUCUGUUCAGGCUCAAUCUUGAGUCUCCAAGUGGCAUGCGGGACGAAACUCGCAGCGCCAGAAUCCUACGGCACUGCAGUUGGCAUGAUAAUGGGAAUUGUCUCCCUGACUGGCCUCUUCGGUUCUCCCAUCAGUGGCCAGUUGAUUAAAUCCAGUUACCUUGCUCUUUCCAUGUAUGCUGGAUCAGCUUUAGUAGUCGGCGGGCUGUUCAUUUGUCUUGCACGACUUCAGCUCUCCCGGAAGCUGUUGGUUGUUGUCUGAGUACCAGAAAUCGUACCGAGUACUAAUCUGGACAAAGUGGUUUAAGGGACCUUGGUGGCGGCAGGAUUGCACACUGGAGCACUCUAGAGGAUCUUCUGCACAUAUUUAUGCAUAGUCGGAUAUAUC